AAGGUGAACUCUUCACCAAUUUUGUAAUUAACUCCUGCUGAAGGUCUUAGGAAUACAUAUUAAUUCGUAAUAUUUUGAUGAGCAAAUAAUGACAUGCCGAUAUUUGCAUAAUUAUUUCCAUUGGGAUGGGAUGAUGACAUCAAUACAAUUAGUCUUUGAAGGACGCUUCAUUUAGGUCGGUCGAUGAGUGAAGCAUGUGGAAGAAGUGUGUCACUAGAUAUAACAGUAUUAUAAAUCAAGAAUGUAUCAACUUUUCAGACAAGCAGAGCCAAACAUAGAGAUGAAAUCAAUUAAGUUUACGUUCUGCAAAAAGUUAGAUAUGCUUCUGAGGAGUCAAUAUUUGUUCCGAAGAGCAUAGGAAAGGACGCAUUGCAAUUUUAAAAGCAGUUUCAAUUACUAGCUUUUCGGUCAGUGUUUCACACUAGCGAAAUAUGUUAUAAAGCUGGGUAAUUUUCUGUUGCAGUGAAUUAAAAAAUAUUAUGAUGGCGGCCUGUCUUUUACUGUUACUCUGUGACUGUGUCUCCGCACAAACAGGAAAGGAUGUCAGCAACCUGUACGACUAUUUAUUUUCCACGCUGAAUUACAACAAAGAAAUUCGGCCUGCCAAUUACCAAAAUAUAUCUACUCAAGUAGAGGUGGAUCUUUUAUUAAGCGGACUUCAUGACAUUGACGAAACCCGCCAACAAAUGACCUCAGUCGGUGUCUUAACUGUGAGGUGGAAGGACGAAUUCUUGACCUGGAACCCUUCCUCGUUCGGAGGAGCAAAUGUCAUUGACGUUCCACAGGGAAAGAUUUGGAAACCGGAUCUGCAGGUCCGCAACGGGUUUGCCGAUUUUUCUCAGAUGGGUGGCGAUUUCAUGUUUUUAAAAAUAUACCACACGGGAGAGGUGGUUUGGUUUUUGCACAAAGUGUUUCAUACCAAAUGUAAGAUGAACGUGACAUUUUUCCCGUUCGAUCGACAAAACUGCUCUGUUCAGAUUAUUUCCUGGAGCAACGAUGUUUCGAGUGUCAAUAUAACGGGAGGCGGGGACGGGUUCCGAAUUGAUGCCGAUCUCCAUCAUGGUCAUUGGAAGAUAUCCACUUAUUCUUUCAAUACGUUCAUGGAUGUGAAUGACUCUGUAAUAUUGUUCAGCAUCACACUGGACAGAAAACCCAAAAUUUACAUUCUGAACAUUCUUAUUCCGGUAUGUUUUCUGGUGGUGCUAAGUCUUCUGACAUUUUUGUUACCAAAUGACUGUGGCGAAAAGGUGUCCUAUUCGAUAACAGUGCUGCUGUCAAUGUCCAUCUUCUUAACUGUUGUGGCCAGUAUGCUUCCAACCAAUUCAGAUUCUAUUUCGUACCUUGAAAUCUACAUUAUUGCAGUGUUAUCCGUGGGGGUGCUGAUUAUAGUUCUCUCAACUGCUUCACUGCGACUUCACUACAGAACAGAAAAGAGAAAGAUUCCGGAUUGGGUCCAACGAUUGACGAGGUUAUCUUGGACACUGCGAUGCCAACGUAUAGAUGGUUACAAUGCUCAAUACAAUUACAGAACAAAAACAAAUGAACAUUUUGAUAAUAAACAAGAGUGUAUAGAACCACGGAAAUCGGACAUAGUAGUUCGUUGGACUGACGUCACUUCCGCUCUAGAUUUUUAUAUGUUUUGGUUGUUUCUUACAGCGAUCACUGCUCUUUCGCUUGCUGUCACAUGGCUAUACUUUUCGCAGUAGAUAAUGAUUAAUAAAAAAAAUAUAGAUAGAAAAGAAUGAAAUCAAAAUUCACUUACUGAAUAAAAAAUUGGCUA